CGAAAUCCUCCAUGGAGUAAUCCGGACAGGACGAGUGGACUUGACUUGAAGUAUUUGGAUUACACCGGGUAGCAUUCAUCUGGCUAGUCGUUGCUUGUUUGUAUGUUGUUAUUAGAGUUACAGGCCAGUUAGUUGCACUCCAAAGAGAGGGGGACCAGCAGCAGGUGCAUGCGGAUGGCGAUAAAACUCGAGGCAAACUCAGCUUUCCCCACACGGCUUGAACAUCAGCGGACCAAUAAUAUACUUGAAGAAUCAAACUAAAACGAGUUCUUGGUUUGGCGAAAAAGCCCUAAGCGUGCUUUUCACGGCUUUGCCUCUUCGAGAAUAGCAUGUUAAUCCCAGGAGGAAAAAAGCAGCUGCGUCUCGUCCCGUUUCUCCGCACGCAAACAUGGAGAAAGUGAACGCUAACUUAACCUCAACUUAAACUGUGACUUCAGGGUUCACGUUUGCUGUAAACUUUUGCCUUUGUGUUUUGGAAAAAAAAAUCAACACGGCGGAUAUGCGAUGAGACUCUAGCACAAAUUUUCAGGAUAUCACCGGGGCAGAAGAGGCGAUGGAUAAGAAGAACAAGGCAAAUAACCGGACCCGCUCCGCCGACGGCAGAGCUAAAGACAGGGUGGACAGGGUGGAUACAUAUGGCUUUGAGCGCUCAGAGGAUUUUGACUUUGAGUCAUAUGAGGAGCUCAUGUCCGAGUAUUUAGUCGUGCUCACCCGGCGGUCCAUCAAGUGGUCCAAACUGCUGAAGGGCAAAACCAAGGUGCAGAAGAAUGUAAAAUUAAAGCGUUAUGUGCGCAAGGGGAUUCCCAAUGAGCACCGGGCUCUGAUCUGGAUGGCAGCCAGUGGGGCUCAAGAUCAGUUAGAGAAGAACCCAGGAUACUACCAGUCCCUGCUUGGAGCUCAGCAUGACCGCAAACUGGUGGAGACCAUCUGCACAGACUUGAACAGAACAUUUCCAGACAACGUCCAGUUUCGCAAGACAUCCAGCCCAUGUCUGCAGAAAGCUCUGUACAAUGUGCUGCUGGCUUAUGGUCAGCACAGUCCAGCUGUGGGCUACUGCCAGGGCAUGAACUUCAUAGCAGGGUAUCUACUUAUCAUCACAAAAGAUGAAGAGAAAUCCUUCUGGCUGAUGGAUGCACUACUCAGCAGAAUUUUACCAGACUACUACAGUCCAGCCAUGCUGGGGCUGAAGACGGACCAGGAGGUGUUAGGGGAGCUAGUGAAAGUUAAAAUCCCUACAGUCUGGCAAACCAUGGUGGAUCAUAACGUCAUGUGGACCCUGGUGGUCUCCCGAUGGUUCAUCUGCCUUUACAUAGACAUCUUGCCAGUAGAGACAGUUCUGCGGAUUUGGGACUGCCUGUUCUACGAAGGCUCAAAAAUCCUGUUCCGUGUAGCUCUGACGCUGAUCCACCACAACCAGACUCUGAUUCAGCAGGCCCAGUCACUGCCAGACAUCUGCCAAGCCUUCAAGCAGAUCACACAUGGACCGUUUGUUGAUGAAUGCCACACUUUUAUGCAGAAAAUCUUCAGUGAACCGGGAAGUCUCUCCAUGGCAACUUUGACUAAGCUGCGGGUGACAAGUCGAUCUCGCAUCAUUGCAGAAGAGUCAUAACCCAAAGCGACUCACCUGUUGCUCUCACUUGAUACACAUUCCACAGGGAGGAGCACCUAAUAGCUCAUUUGCAGCUUUUUUUUUUUUUUUUUUUGACUUAAUGUCAAAAUAACUACAUGUAGUUUUUGUCUUAGUCAUAUGUUGAUACAGCCAUACAUCUAAAUGUAAAUAUAUGAUCAUAUGAGAUGAUUCUUAGUAAUGUGCUUUAUGAGCUGAUGAUUCCAUUUGAAAUUAACUUGUAGUUUACCUUAAGUGACUAUUUUCUUUUUUCUUUUUUUAAAUGUGUAUUUAUGCACUUUACUCUGAAAAGUCAGAGACACUGAAAAGAACAGGCUUGGAAGCAAAUGGCCUGGUCAGAUAAAUAAUGUGUUGUACACCAACAAACACAGCCCCAAGGAACCUGCCUACUGUAUUUGAGACUCAUCUCAGUGAUGAAUAUUAUAAAGAAUAAUAUUUUUUGUGGGGUGGGGGUAAGUGGAUAAUUGACUGAUCGUACUGUGACAUAACAUGCUGGCAGAAUAUGCUCUGGUAAUGUGAAUUAUACUGUUUUAUCUUUAAACAAUUCAAUAUUUGAUGCAGUUAAUUCAAGUACACUGUAGCAGUACAAGCACAACUGAAAGAGCUAUUCUCUUUUUCUAACAAUGGUGUUUACAGUUUUUUUUGUGUUUGGGGCCCUUUAAACUUCUGUAGUACUGAUAUCAGAUUUUGUUGCACUGGACAGGAAUAACCUUGGCGUCGAUCCCAGCUCUUAGUAUUCUGUGUAAUGUACACCUGGCGGAACAGCUCUCAGUAAACAGCCAUGCUCACUUCACACAAGAACAGAUGAAACAAAUCAUCAAAGAUACUGUUUCAUGAAAUACCAGUACUCCAAAAAAAAAAAUAAAAAUCUGUCCUGGACUUUUAAGAGUUUUAUUAACUUUCA